AUGGUACAAGGGUGUCUCUCGCGCGAGAUCGAAUGCGAUCCAGUGUCCGAAACAAACAGUCGCAACAUGCAAAGAGCUCCAGCCAGACAGGGUCAUUCGUAUGAAAAACGGCCCAGACGAAGAACCAAAGCAGACCGAUAUGAACCCUACAAGGAGAUUUCCGUCUCCGAGCAAGGCUCCCCUCGACCAAAACACUCUCAGAAUAAUGUAACCGUGAUUAAACGAAACGACUCUAGAUUGGCUCAAAAGUUCUGUGCUAAGAAUGUCAGGACAGGACGAUUGACUUUGACUUCGAACGAGAAUCUGGGUAUCUUCAAAAAAGGCAAAACAUCAUCACCCGUCAGCUGCGUAAAAGUGUCGUAUCCCAAUUUCUCGGAACUCCAAUUUCUUGCGAAAGACCCACAAGCUGCAAUACCAGAAGAGGAAGUUCAAGCGUCUCUUUAUUCAGAAAAGCACGGACUGAAAUCAAAUGCAGGCUCUACUGAUGCAUUAAUUGAGGGAGAACUCUUUAAGGUGCUCAGUGACUGUCACGAGCUGAGCGUUCCGUACGAGGAGUAUGUUCCAAGAUAUCCAAAUAGCCGAUUUAUUUCAUUCCAGAACCUGAAAGACCUAUGCAUGGAAACGGAUAACAUGUGGUCAGCGAGGAAGGAAAAACAUGUGUUCGAUCAUGCGAUUGGCGAUGACAUUCAGAGCUUGAACGAUGCACCUUCCUGUUACACGAGGAUUGAGGAUGCGUACUAUACUACCCCUGAACGCAACGCCGCAAAAAAAUCAAGACAACGAGAAGAUAUGUUCGAUAUGCUCCUGGAAUUGGCUGGAAACUUUGAUGAGGACGUGCAGUUGAAAGUCCUAGCUGAACUAGUUGAACCUUGCGCCGACGGAUACGAGCUGCAAGCAGCUGGUCGUACAAAUUAUCCACACGACAUGGAAGAUAUUGAUUCUAAUUAUGCAUACAAUGUACCACAUAUGCUUGAAGAAGAGACGAUACGACGACAGCAUGGUACCGAUUGGAUACAAUAUUCGGGAUUAUAG